AAGACAUCUGGCAACCUGGUGGAGUAGCGCCUCAUCCACUCAUACAAACUGGAGUAUGGCUAAACAGACUGAUGACUUCAUCCUGGUAACAGGUCACGCCUUCACUGACCAUACCUUUCAUCAUUAUCCAGAAAUGAAUCUGGAUAGGAUCUACAUGGACUACAAUGCUACCACUCCACCAGAACCAGAAGUGAUCAAGGCUGUUACUGAAGCCCUGCAGGAAGCCUGGGGAAACCCAAGUAGCAACUAUAUAGCAGGUGCCAAGGCCAAGGCAAUCAUUAAUCACUCCAGAGAGAAUGUGGCAAGAAUGGUUGGAGGGAAAGCAGAGGACAUCAUCUUUACCUCAGGUGGAACAGAGGCCAAUAAUCUGGUGCUCCACACUGCUGUAGAGCACUUCAGGAAAAACUGCAGGGCUGCAGAGCAAGGUGAAGCACACUCCAAUGGAUGCACUGGCCUUCCUCACAUUAUCAUCUCUAAUGUGGAACAUGACUCGGUCAGACUAGUAGCUGAGCACCUACAGAGAGAUGGCAAGGCAGAUGUUACAUCUGUGCCUGUGUCCAAGACAACAGCCCGUGUAGAGGUGGAGGAUGUCAUUGCUGCAGUGCGUCCCAACACUUGUCUCAUCUCCGUCAUGCUGGCCAACAAUGAGACAGGAGCCAUUAUGCCGAUCCAAGAGAUCUGCCAGAGAAUAAAAUCUCUCAACAAGCAGCACGAGCGGCUCAGGAUCCUGCUCCACACCGAUGCUGCCCAGGCUCUGGGGAAAAUCAGAGUAGACGCCUGUGAACUAGGCGUGGAUUACCUCACCAUAGUGGGACACAAGUUCUAUGCCCCUCGGAUCGGUGCUUUGUACGUGAACGGCCCUGGAACAAGAACACCAUUGUAUCCGAUGCUGUUUGGAGGAGGACAGGAGAGAAACUUCAGGCCAGGCACUGAGAACACACCAAUGAUUGCUGGUCUGGGAAAGGCUGCAGAGCUGGUGACCUCUAAUCUGUCAGAUUAUGAGAGUCAUAUGCGAAGUACCAAACUUUAUUUGGAAGAGCGACUGAGGGCUGUCUUUAAAGACAGGAUCCGCUUCAACAGCCAUUACCCUGGCUCCGAUAACCUCCCCAACACAUGUAAUGUGUCUAUCCUGGGCCCAACAUUACAAGGCUGGAGAGUAUUGUCCAACUGUAGGAGGCUGCUGGCCAGUGUCGGUGCUGCCUGCCACUCAGGCAGUGGAAACAGGCCUUCCCAUAUCCUUCUGAGCUGUGGCGUCCCCUCAGAGGUGGCAGCCAAUGCAUUAAGGUUGAGCGUGGGCAGAGGGACAACCAAAGAAGAUGUGGAUAUAGUUGUGGAGGAUCUGAGGGAAACUGUGCAGCUGUUGGAAGAAAUGAACUGAUGGCCUCUGUGUGCUCAAACUAAAGUUAUCCUGUAGGUUAAAUAAUGAUGUACAGAAUGAAUGCACCUUCUGUGUUUAUUUCUAAAUUAAAUGAUUGUGUAAACUGGAUAAAUGAGUUAAUAUAAAUGAUAAAAGGGAAGAACUUGAAGUGACCUGAGGGAGUGAUGUUAUGGAGAGAUGCACGUACUCAGCUUCCAUCACGUCAUGUGAGUAACUAAUCAGCUAAUUGGACUGAGCUCGACAAGUAUGAGUGUUAUUGAAAUUAAAUAUUAACAUACACUUUUUAAAUGCUUUCACUGAUCUAAUCAACUGUUAAAUUUUCUAUGUAGAUUAUAAUCUUACAAAUGUAUCAUCUGUUUACUCAUCCUCAUUCAAAUGAAUUUUUAAAAUAAAAAAAAUAACACUCAUUGUAA